AUGGACGGCCUGGACAAUGCCACCCUGCUCCUUGACCCGUCCUCGCUUCUGCCGGACAACUUUACCCUGUCGCCCAACGCCAGCAGCCCGAGCACCGGUACCCUCUCGCCUCUCACUGCCGCCUCCAGCCCCGGCCCCGGGCUCAGCCUCGCUCCGAGUUCGAGCAUGGGUUUCAGCCCCGAGCCGACCCGGACUCCAGAGCCCACGAGCAGCAGCCUCGCAGUCAGCGUGGCGGGCCAUGGCUCCUCCGCCUUCCCCCAGCCCUGGGUCCCCCACGAGACUCCGUUCUGGGACACACCGCUCAACCACGGGUUGAACGUGUUCGUUGGAGCCGCCUUGUGCAUCACCAUGCUGGGUCUGGGAUGCACCGUAGACGUGAACCACUUCGGGGCACACGUCCGGCGGCCCGUGGGCGCGCUGCUGGCGGCGCUCUGCCAGUUCGGCUUCCUGCCGCUGCUGGCCUUCUUGCUGGCCCUCGCCUUCAAGCUAGAUGAGGUGGCCGCGGUGGCGGUACUCCUGUGUGGCUGCUGUCCGGGUGGAAAUCUCUCCAACCUUAUGUCCCUGCUGGUGGACGGUGACAUGAACCUCAGCAUCAUCAUGACCAUUUCCUCCACGCUUCUGGCCCUGGUGUUGAUGCCCCUCUGCCUCUGGAUCUACAGCCGGGCUUGGAUCAAUACCCCUCUGGUGCAGUUGCUCCCGCUAGGGGCAGUCACCCUGACUCUCUGCAGCACCCUCAUUCCUAUUGGGCUGGGCGCCUUCAUUCGGUACAAAUACAAUCGGGUUGCUGACUACAUCGUGAAGGUUUCCCUGUGGUCUCUGCUAGUGACCCUGGUAGUCCUCUUCAUAAUGACUGGCACCAUGUUGGGACCCGAACUGCUGGCAAGUAUCCCGGCAGCUGUUUAUGUGGUCGCCAUUUUUAUGCCCCUGGCAGGCUAUGCCUCGGGCUACGGCUUAGCUACUCUCUUCCACCUUCCCCCCAACUGCAAGAGGACUGUCUGUCUGGAAACGGGAAGUCAGAAUGUGCAGCUCUGUACGGCCAUCCUCAAACUGGCCUUCCCGCCACGCUUCAUAGGAAGUAUGUACAUGUUCCCCCUGCUGUACGCCCUCUUCCAGUCUGCAGAAGCAGGGGUUUUGGUUUUACUAUACAAAAUGUAUGGAACUGAGAUUCUGCAUAAGCGAGAUCCCCUGGAUGAAGAUGAGGACACAGAUAUUUCUUACAAGAAACUGAAAGAAGAGGAAAUGGCGGACACCUCCUACGGCACAGUGGGAGCAGAGGACUUAGCCAUGGUGGAGACUACCCAGACCUCCCUCUGA